UCCAUCCUCCUCUUCACACUGCACGCCUCUCUCUCUCUCUCUCUCUCUCUCUCUCUCUCUCUCUCUCUCUCUACAUGUGAGAAACCAAGGAUCAGUUCACACCCAAGCCAUGGCAGAGAAGAUCUCCAUGAUAAUCGUCGUGGUUGACCUUGAUUGCCACAAGUGUUACAAUAAGAUCCGCAAGAUUCUAUGCCAGCUCCAAGACUGCGAGAGGAUCCGGACAAUCUCCUUCGACGACAAGAGCAAGACGAUCACCAUCGUGGGGCCGUUCGACCCGCACAGGCUCGCCUGCAAGCUCCGUUGCAAGGGCGGCAAGGUGAUCAGGGACAUCCACAUCGUGGACAACCCCGGCGGGAAGCCGCCGCAGAAGAUGGCGGAGGCGCCGCCGCCGCCGCCGGCGAAGAACGGCAAGCCGCCGAAGAACAAGGAGAAGCCCCCCGCUGCUGAGCCGCCACCGCCAUCGACGCCGCCACCUGAGCCCGCGCCGGGGCCGCCGCCCGACAUGCCCCCUCCGUCGCCGGCGCACCAGGCUCCGCCCGACCGGGAGGUGUCGGCGAUGGUGCCGGCCUUCGUCGAGGAGAAGCCGCCGAAAGCGAGGCCGGCGGAGCUCGAGCAGCCGCCGAUGUCGCCGCCGCGGAAGGAGAGGCCGCCGAUGGACUUCCCGCCGCCGGCGUCGCCGGUGAAGGAGAGGCCAUCCCCGGCGCGCCCGCCCUGCAGGCCGGUGGAGCAGGCGGCGGUGGAGUACGUGAUACCGACGGUGGAGAUCCCGUCGUUGCCGGCGCCGCCGGUGGGGCCGUGCGGGUGCCCCUGCUGCGCGCCGUGCUACCAGGGCUACUACGAGGCGUGCCGGUGCUGCUGCUGCGGCGGCAGGUUGUACGCGCAGCCGCUGCCGGCGCCGGCGGGGUGCGGGUACAGAGGCUGCCGGACCUUCAGCGACGAGGACCCCACGGCGGCGUGCACCAUCAUGUGAUGGCUGUCACUUUUCAGUGGAGUCAUGGUAGCAACAAGUUCUGCACAGUGGCCAAAUGUCUAUGGGAGUUUUAAUUUUCAGUGUUUUUUUUGCGUGGAUUUAAUUGGGGUUUUCAGUGGGUUUUGCACAGGUUGAAAUAAGCAUGUUUCACUGAUCUGAGAGAUUGGUCAAAAAACUAUAUAGAGUUUAUUUUCUUAACGAAUCGCAUGUAUAAAUCUCAAUGUCAGUUGUUAACAUAUGACUGAACACUGAAGAUUGUUGUGUUACAGUGCUA